AUGUUUGUGGGUGAGGCAGCUGUAUCUUCAUUCCUUGCUGUUGUGAUUGACAAGUUGAUCGCGGGCCCGCUGUUAGAGUAUGCACGAAGGCAGAAAGUUGACUUGACACUCCAAGAAUGGAGGAAAAAAUUGCUGCAUAUCGAAGCUGUGAUGAAUGAUGCUGAGGAGAAGCAGAUAAGGGAGAGAGCAGUAAAAGUCUGGUUGGAUGAUCUCAAAGCUUUGGCCUACGACAUUGAAGAUGUCCUGGACGAGCUGGUCACGAAAGCCAAUCGACACAGCUUGACAGAAGGACCUCAACCCAGCUCCAGUAAGGUACGGAAGUUCAUCCCAACUUUCCAUCCUAGCAGGGAAGGCGUUGGAGAGUUUUUAUUUUCAGCAGAGGAAAGGUUGACUACUUCCCUGGUAGAUGAGUUUGGGGUUUAUGGUAGGGAUGCUGAUAGGGAGAAGAUUAUGGAGUUGUUCCUAUCAGAUGAAGUAUCUGCUGAUCAGAAAGUUGGGGUAAUUCCUAUUGUUGGUAUGGGUGGGGUUGGUAAAACAACCCUCGCUCAGAUUAUCUACAAUGACAAAAGGGUGGAGGACUAUUUUGAUACGAGAAUUUGGGUCUGUGUUUCUGAUCAAUUUGAUUUGGUAGAAAUAACAAAAGCAAUUCUAGAAUCGGUCACUAAAGACUCAUCACACUCUAGAAAUUUACAAUUCCUGCAAGAUGGUUUGAAGAAAGAAUUGAAUGGGAAAAGAUUUUUGCUUGUUUUAGACGAUAUAUGGAAUGAGAACCCCAACAACUGGAGUGUCCUGCAGGCUCCUUUUAGGGUUGGAGCACACGGUAGUUUCGUCAUGGUAACCACUCGCAAUGAAAAUGUUGCAUCAAUUAUGCGCACUACUGCUUCUUAUCAUCUUAACGAACUAUCUGACAAGUAUUGUUGGUCUUUAUUUGCACAUCUUGCCUUUGAAAACAUAACUUCAGAUGCACUGCAAAGUUUGGAACUAAUUGGUAAGAAAAUAGUGAAGAAAUGUAAAGGGUUGCCAUUGGCAGCAAAGACGCUUGGUGGUCUCCUACGCUCUAAACAAGAUGAGAAUGCUUGGAAGGAAAUGUUGAAUAACAAAAUAUGGGAUUUACCCGCUGACCAAAGUAGUAUUCUUCCAGCUCUACACUUGAGCUACCAUUAUCUCCCCACCAAACUGAAGCAAUGCUUUGCGUACUGCUCUAUAUUCCCAAAGGGUUAUGAAUUUGAAAAGAAGCAAUUGAUUUUGUUAUGGAUGGGAGAAGGUUUGGUUAAUGGCUCAAGAAGAGGAGAGACAGUAGAAAAAGAAGGAAAGUUGAAGCAUUUGCGCUAUUUGGACCUUUCCUACACUGCAAUCCAUAAAUUACCUGAAUCAAUAGUGCCAUCAGAGAUUGGAAAACUCAUCAACUUGCGUUAUUUUGAUAUUAGUAAAACUAAAUUAGAAGGGAUGCCAAUGGGAAUUAAUAGACUGAAGGACCUUCAAGUACUGACUACUUUUGUUGUUGGAUGGAAGCAUGCUGCAGCAAGAAUUAAGGAUUUGCGGGAUCUUUCACAACUUGGGGGAACGCUCUCGAUUUUGAACUUGCAGAAUGUGGUGUGUGCAGCAGAUGCUUUAGAAGCUAAUUUGAAAGAUAAGGGAAAGCUCGAUGACUUGGUGUUUGGAUGGGAUUGUAAUGCAGUUUCUGGUGAUUUGCAGAAUCAAACAAGAGUUCUUGAAAACCUACAGCCUCACAAGAAGUUGAAAACCCUCACUAUUGAGUACUACUAUGGCACAAAAUUUCCAAAUUGGUUAGGUGAUCCUUCUUUCAUGAAUUUAGUUUUCUUGCAACUAAAAAGCUGUAAAAACUGCUUGUCUUUGCCACCAAUUGGGCAGCUUCAGUCUCUCAAGGGCCUCUCUAUUGUGAAAAUUGGAGUGCAGAGGGUUGGUCCAGAGUUCUGUGGGAAUGGUUCUGGUUCAUCUUCCUUUAAGCCCUUUGGAUCCCUGAAAACACUGAAGUUUGAAGAGAUGUUGGAGUGGGAGGAAUGGACUUGUUCUCAAGUUGAAUUCCCUUGUCUAGAAGAGCUCUAUGUCCAGAAAUGUCCAAAGCUGAAAGGCGAUAUACCCAAGCACCUUCCUCUCUUGACAAAACUUGAGAUUACUGAAUGUGGGCAGCUAGUGGAUUCUCUUCCAAUGGUCCCCUCCCUUUGUGAAUUGAAGUUGACAGAAUGUAAUGAUGUGGUGUUUAGAAGUGCUGUUGACAUCACCUCACUUACUUCCUUAAUUGUCAAUGAUAUUUGUAAGAUACCACUGGAAUUGCAACACCUUCAUUCUCUUGUAAGAUUGACCAUUGAUGGUUGUCCAGAGCUAAGGGAAGUACCACCAAUUCUACGCAAGCUCAACUCUCUUAAACAGCUGGUUAUCAAAGGAUGCUCAAGUCUUCAGUCACUUUUGGAGAUGGGGCUCCCACCCAUGCUUCAAAAGCUUGACAUCGAAAAAUGCGGCAUUUUGGAGUCCUUGGAAGAUGCGGUGAUGCAAAACAAUACUUGUCUCCAACAGCUGACUAUCAAAGAUUGUGGUUCUCUGAGGUCCUUCCCCAGCAUUGCUUCUCUGAAAUAUCUUGAUAUAAAAGACUGUGGGAAGCUGGACUUACCCCUGCCUGAGGAGAUGAUGCCCAGCUACUUUGCUUCCCUUACAACACUUAUUAUAAACAGUAGUUGUGAUUCUCUCACUUCCUUCCCAUUAGGUUUCUUCAGAAAGCUUGAGUUUUUUUAUGUGAGCAACUGCACAAAUCUGGAGUCCCUUUCCAUUCCAGAUGGCAUUCACCAUGUUGAGUUCACAUCUCUUAAUUACAUGUACAUCAAUAAUUGUCCGAAUCUGGUGUCUUUUCCACAAGGAGGAUUGUCAGCUCCCAACCUAUCAGUGCUUAUUCUCCAACAGUGCAAGAAGCUAAAGUCACUGCCCCAAGGAAUGCACACCCUCCUUACAUCCCUUGAGAUAUUGGAUGGAGUGGGGCUUGCAAAGGCUUCCAUUUCUUAA